UACAACAUAGCCAUCUUGUCAGUAGUGACUGAGGGAGGGAGGUGACUGUGGGCGCUGUUUAGAUCCUCGUUUUGUCUCAAAGCGUGAGGUUUAACUCAGUUUCCUUCCUUCGACCGCAGCCAGCUUCACCGUCGGAGCCCAAACGGGAGGACUUCCAGCCGGGGAAGUGUGCGGGCACGACGGACUGCUUUCUGGAAGAUGUCUCGCAUACUUGUUCCGACGUAGGGGGAGUGUGCAGCCGCCACUUGGCUUGACUUGCUAGCUAGCUCUGUGAGUGGAGGGCUGCGGGCCCUCCUCAGCCUCUACUAGCUCCUGCAGCUGGGCAACACACUGUGCGACAGCGGCCGCCUGACAACUGCACAGCCGGGAUAUUAGCAGGCCGGCCCGGACCCACCUACACCCCUCGGCUCGAUCCCCGCACAGGCGCUGGCUCGGGCGGCUGGUAGCGGCGUCUGAACUCGCAUCCGCCGGACUAGACGACACGAAGUGCGGCGUUGCGCUAUGAGCUCAUGAAACGAAACAGGAGACCGAGAGAGGAAGAGGGAUGGCGCAGAUUCAUCUCGAUUACAGUUGAGUAAAAUAGAUGAAAGUGUGCUCUUUAACAUGAUCUAAGCUGCUCCAGCUGCAACCAGCUCGUCCCUUUUCCGCGGAGGAUAAACAUAGCCAUACGGGGGACUCGGAAUCCGGCUCUCAAUAUGUCGAAAAUGCCGGCCAAGAAGAAGAGCUGCUUCCAGAUCACAAGUGUGACUCAGGCCCAGGUGGCGGCGAUAGGUGCCGCGGACGACACGGAGAGUCUGGACGACCCGGACGAGUCCCGGACUGAGGACGUGUCGUCGGAGAUAUACGACGUUUCCCGGGCCGAGUACGAGCCUGCGUGUGACAGGAGUUCGUCCGAAGAAGCGCUGAACAACGUCGGAGAGCCGGAGGCGAUCAGCGCUGUGGCCCCAUCUCACAUACCUCAAGCCGGUCACCUGUCUGCGCUGUCAGGCGCUUCCAUAGGGGAGUUCCGAAAAGUGCCGGGCUCAGCUCAAGGUGGUCACCAGCCGCAGGGCAGCGGCGUCACAACUGGUUUACCCAUCAUCCCUCAGCCAGGAGCAGGGCAUCAUCAGCCUGCUCCGGCCUCCAGCUUGUCAGCAAACACAUCCCAACCUGCUGCAGUGACCAGUUCAGCUGCUGCUCCUCCUCCUGCCACCUCCACGGUGAGUUGCACUUCACGCUUCAGGGUCAUCAAGCUCGAUCACGGUACUGGAGAACCCUUCCGGAGAGGCCGGUGGACGUGCACAGAGUUUUAUGAGAAAGACUCUGACGGCUCUGGCGUUGGUAGGACUAUAGACAGCAUCAGGCAUGCCAGUGCAACAUUGGACCCUGCUGCAGACAGAGACAGCGGGCUCAGCCUCACGGGGGUCUCUGUGCUUUCCUCAGGUCAGGGCUUGGGCUCCGUGGCAGAUCCUUCACUCCCAUCAUCCUGCAUGCAUUCAGUGGAGACACUACCGCAGCAACAGCAAAGCCACCAUCAAAACUUCAUCGCCCGACAACAGGUAGUUAGUGCGUCGGCCAUGCAGAGCGCUUUCUCCAGCAGCAAACCUACAGCUGUCCCGGCUCAGCAAACAGUGGGAGGUCUCCAGCCCUCUGCCCCACAGAGUGUGCUGCCAGUCGGACUAAAUGGCUUGCCUCAAUCUGGUGUCAUCAUCCAAAAGACCUCCAUCAUGCCUCCCACAGCCCAGCCCAGCACUUACUCUCCUCCGCAACAGCAGCACCAGCUUCCCAUUGGCCACCCCUUGACCGGCCAGUCAUCUGGACUGUUGCAGAACCAGACGGAGUACUAUCAGCAGCAACAGACUGCUUCCAUGCAGCCUGGGCUUUCCACCAGCCAGUCCCUCCCAGUGUCCGGCCUCUCAGCCGGGUUGCAGCCUGGGAGCCAAGGGCCUGCUUCAGUCAUUCCUCCAACCUCUGGAGGGGCGCCUGUGCCAAGUCAGGUUGGAGAUCUUGUUGGAGCAGGAGGGGGAUCCCUAACCACUGGACAACCAGCUCCGGGCCUCUUGCAGCAGCAGACUGUUGGAAUGGGAGGUGUCGGAGGCUCCAUACUGGUUGGUGGAUCCAUUCUCCAGCAGCAGACUGUGAGUCCGUAUGCCCCCGCUGGACAGCCUCAACCCCACGGCCUCCACCCUGCAUCCUCCAGUGUACAAAAUGUGCCUGUCAUGGCAGUGAGCUCCAGUGUGCCCCCCACUGUGCCCGCCGCUGUGCCCAGUACCUCCAGUGCAGCCAUGCCAAAUGUGACAGCUUCCAGUUUGCCUCUGGGUCUGAUACCCCACAAUAAGACUUCACUGGUGUUGGGGGCUCAGGGUCUCCCAGCACCUGGAUUUGGACAGGUGGAGGGUGGUGGAAGGAAGUCAGAGGGUCUCAUCAACUUACAGUCUCCUGUUGUCUCUGGGAAAGAACCAGUGAAGCCCCUCAUGCCUCAAAGCCUGCAGCUCACCACUCCAGCUGUCAACAGCCUGUUUGGAAUCCACAUACCUGUCGACGGGGAGGAGGACAGGAACCCCUCCAAGGCUUUCUACCAGGCCUUCCAGUCUGGCAGCAGAUUAAGAGACUCAAAGGCUCACAGUGAUAGUGCCUCUGGAACCAAUGUCGUUGCCAUUGAUAAUAAAAUAGAACAGGCUAUGGACCUGGUGAAAAGCCAUCUGAUGUAUGCAGUGCGUGAAGAGGUGGAGGUCUUGAAGGAACAGAUCAAGGAGCUGUUUGAGAGGAACUCUGUGCUGGAGCGGGAGAAUGCCGUGUUGAAAUCUCUGGCCAACAGCGAGCAGCUGUCUCAGCUGUCCACCCAGCCGGCCGCCAGCUCGGGUGCCACGCCUCCCCAGCAAGGACUCAGCCAUCCCCAGCAACAGGCCCCACCUCCGCUUCAAGCUCAAGUUCCGCCACAGUCGCACCCCCAGCUCCAGCACCACCCCAAACCCCAGCAGCUCCAGACUCAGCCCCAGCUCGACCCAGGCCAACAACAACAACAACUGCAACCCAACGUCACCUCUGCUUGAAGUGCAUCUGCCCCAUACGACGCAAAAAGAGCAUCUUCUCUACAGCUUAUUACAGUUAGUGUAUGUGAAAAUAAAAAGAAGAAAAAAACUGUGUCUUCUUAGCCACCAGCUUGACCACGAAGUACAGUGCUUGUGUGUAUGUGUGUGUGCGUGAGGGUGAGUUAGCAAGAAAGUGUGAAUUUGGUGUUGGAAUGUGUAUGCAUCUGUACUGUGGGCCUUUCCAGUGUUAAUGCAAUCAUCAAGAGAGACAGAGACGGAGAGACUUGGACAGAGGAAGUGUGUGUAGAGAGAGUGUGUAGAGACAGAGUGUCCGGGAAGGUUGGGCUGGUUUCAUUGUGUCGGGUCGACCGCCGGUUCCGGGCUCAUACAGACGACGUCCUGUAUUGGACCGGGCCUCGGAGACGACCUGCGACUGGACCUGAAAUCUGCUCUACCUGCGGGCGUGGAAAGGGAGGAGUACACCUCACAUAAGGGACAAAUGAGUGAUUGUCAAAAAAAAGAGUGAUUAUUUUUUUAAAUAAGACAACUGGGUGGGUAAAGAGUUAUUUUUAGCCUUGCUGUUUCAUGUAAAGUAAGAAGUGGGAGAGAGUCUGUUUUCUUUUUGAGCGCCACACCGCUGCCGUUACUUUCACAUCAUGUCCAACUCUUGCAUCGCUCUUCUGAGUCCUACUGUUAAGUGUUUUAUUUAUUACGGGGCUGCUAUUUUCAUUCAUGAACAAUUUCCACGAAACCAGUAGCCCUUUGACUUCGUUCCUCUUUUCUUUUACAGUGUUCAGCAGAUGGGCCACAUGUCCCAGGGGGCAAGGCUUUAUAUUAGGCAAGAAUGUUGGCAAAACCAAUUCUGACAAAUGUUUAACACUAACUCCGAAUUUUCUGGCUGCGAUCGCCUGUUCAGAGCUCAAGUCCAGAUCCAGAAGGUACAUUUUUGUUUAGUAUAAAGCAUCAUAACUCCUGUUGACAUCAAAUCUAAACGUGAGCCUGCACACACACAACAUUUGAAGAUUCGAUUGUCUGUAGUUUAUAUAAAAGUGAAUUAGUAUUGCCACACCCCCCCCUCCUUAUGUUUCCUCCAUUGUUUUUCCUGAGGGGGGCCUGGGGGGAGAAGCUGUGAAAUCAUUCAUCCUACUUUGUAACCAAAGAUGCAAAGCUGUGUAAAUGGAUUAUUUUUAAAUGCACACAUGUAUUUUUGUUUUUUGUUUUGUUACUUCCUCUUUCACAGAAUCUUUUUUUUUUUGUUGCUGUUCGGCAUGUUCUGCAUGUUCUGUAAUCUUCAAACCACUUUCUUACCUCAUUUUUAUUCAGCACUCUUAUUGUAAGAUAGUCUGUGAACAGUGUAAAUGGGAUGGGGGGGGCGGGGGUAAAAAAAACAACGCUGUGGCACAGAAAGAAAAAAAAAAUCCUAGUGUUAUUGACACUAGUCACAGAAAAAUGAAGUGAGCCAUGUUUUGUUCAUUUAAAUGGUGUUUGAAUUUCAUAUGCCAAUAGUUUUGUUACAUUGCAAAUUUUAAUGUAUUUAAAUAAAAGCAAUAUUCAGAUUCCAUAA